AUGCGUAAGGCAUCCUCAACAGCCGUGAAUAUGGUGGAUAAAGCAUACUGGGGUGUCUUCCAAAUACCCUCUCUUUUUGCCUUAGUCAAUGCUGUGUAUAAAAAUCAUGCCAAGGAAAAUGUAAAGAGUGAAGAUCAAAAGCUUCUCGAAAGGUUUCACUCCAUGUUUAUGGAAAAUGGGCUUGAGCUGCACGGAGAUAAGCGACACCGAUUCCUUUGGAUCUCGAAUCGUCUAAUUGAGCUGCGAGUCGCAUUCAUGGAGAAUCUUAGCUCUGACCCUGGCUUUAUGUGGAAAGAACGAGAGCUAGAGGGGAUAGUCACAGAAACCCUGCAGGCAUUACCUAUACAUCCCUCGACUAACCAAAAGGGUAUCAAGCUUAAGAAGCCGAAUAUCACCAUGGUAUUGACUCGGUGUCACAUCGCUGAGACACGAAAAGAGGUAUUUCUUCGGAGCCAAAAUAUCUUCCCAGAUAAUCUUGAGAUAUUCAACGAGGCAGUUAUCCUUCGGGAUGAAUCUGCUCGUUUACUUGGGUUUUCAUCUUACGCAGCCCAGAAGUCGAGACACAAAAUGAUUACAUCCCCCCACAAUGUGGACCAGUUACUGGAUGAACUUUACAAUCACUUGCAACCCCUUGCGCAGAAGGAGUUAGAAAUGUUACAACAACUUAAAGGGGGAGAUAGAGAAAACGCGGAUCACUCUUCCUCACCUCUUUAUCUGUGGGAUUUUGACUACUACCAUGACCGUUUGCUACAAGAAAAGUACAACACGAAUCACGAGCUGAUUGCGGAGUACUUUCCCGCAGAGGUUACUGUUCAACGAAUGCUGAAGGCAUUUGAAACUAUUUUCAGCCUCUCAAUCACACCAAUUGAAGUCACCAAGGCGCAAGUUUGGCAUUCCAAUGUCCGAGUCUUUAGUGUGCGAGAUGAAGAAUUGGCUUUUCUAGGAUUUCUUUACCUUGACAUUUACCCUCGAGAGGGAAAGUACAACCAUGCAGCCAAUUUCAACAUUUAUCCUUCUUACACCGUGGGAAAACAGAAGCAACCAGUUGCCACCGCAUUAGUAUGCAAUGUCUCACAGCCAUCGCUAGACAAACCGGCUCUUCUACAGCAUCGAGAAUUGAUUACUAUUUUCCACGAGUUGGGUCACAGCAUACAUGAUCUCCUUGGAAGAUCCAAGUAUGCGAUCUUUCACGGACAUCGAACAGCUGCAGAUUUCGUAGAAGCUCCCAGCCAAUUGCUCGAAUAUUGGUGUUGGAUUCCCCAAUGUCUCCAGAUGCUUAGUUGCCACUAUUCUUACGUCUCUGAUACACAGUGGCCCUUUACCAUUGUGCAGCCUCCUAAGGAGAUUCCAAAAGAUAUGGUCCACAGCCUUAUUGCUGCUAAAGGCGUUAAUCAAGGAAUUCUCACUCUCAGACAACUUGCAUUCAGCAAAUUCGACCUGCAAAUACACUGCCCUUGUUCCCACGAUCUCAUUAAGUCAAUGCGUACUGGCGAGGUUUAUAACUCGCUCCUGCAGAAAAUGACACUUCUACGAGGCCCCGAGAAUAGGGUAGACUGGGGGAAUGGACAUGUUACUACUUCACACUAUAUGUGGGGUCAAGAAGCGAACUAUUAUUCCUAUCUCUACACCCGCAUAUUGGCAGCUGACAUGUGGCUUUCAAAUUUUCACUCGAACCCAAUGGGUCGUGAUGCUGGUCUCCGAUACCGAAAAAUGAUACUGGCACCUGGAGGAAGUCAAAACGAGAUGACGACGCUCAAGGAAUUCCUGGGGAGGUCGCCCACGCUUGACGCAUAUCUUCGAAAUCUCGGUGCUCGUGAAUAA